CAAUUUGCUUUUGACUGUAGUGGAGUGUACAUCUCAGUGUUCUUGCUAAGCUCUUAUCCUGAAUCCGUCGUCGUCUCUCCUUUCUCUUCCCUUUCUGAGUUCUCUGAUUUCGCCUUUUAAAUUUCUCCAUCGAACUGAGCAGCUGAGAUCUGAAGAUUUUAUCUGGGUUUCAACCUGUUUAUUCUCUAGAGGAGUUGAGUAGUUGCAGAAGAAAUCGUCGUGGCUACUGUUUGCGAAGAGGAAGAACAGCAUGCGGUGGUUGAGUCUGUCUGUUGAUGUGUAUCGGAGGGUUUUGUCUUUGAACUUGUAUUGUCGAGUCAUUCUGUAACUGUUCCGCGUGAAUUGAACCCUAUUUCCUGGCUUCUUAUUUUUCUUUUAUCUGUCCAUGGGAUCCAACCUCUUAGUCGUUGUUCCUUGCUACGUCCUGUGGAUUAGCUGAGCAUCAACCUGAAAAAGAGAUUGAUAAGAAAAAGAAAUCAAAGACAAAUAGUACAAACCCUUUCGUUAUCGAUUAAUCUCGUUUGUUCUAAUCUGAUCUGGGCUUGAACCUGCAGUUUAACCUUCUUUCCGAUUAAUCUUCUUCCCGAUUUGGUCCUUUAUACGCUUCCUAGCCUCUUUCUUUCGGUUAUUAUCUGGUUUCUGGGUAGAUUGUGGGGAAUUUACAAGGGUCAGAAAGAAGUUAUGGUGUGCCAAGCAGCGAGCCAAACAAGAUUCCGGGCUUUGAAACAUGAGAAUGGGAUUGCAGGGAGCGCGACUAUUAUAGUUAGAGUCAUAGCAUGCUUUCAACCUUUGCAGGAUUGCCAGGCUGAAUACUUUCGUCACUUGCUCAAACCUGUUACGUAGAUUACUUAGUCGUUUUGCAUCUUCAAAUUAAGCUGGAGGUUGUACUUAUUUUAUUUCAUUCUGAGUGAGGCAGCAAGCAAGCCAUCAGUAGUACCCAUUACUUCUGGUGAUUGUGUUAGUUGAAUGGGAAAGAACUGUGGUUCUUGGACUCAUCAGCAGGAUUCUGCUUUGCAAUCGCCGUUCCAAAACUGCAGGAGCCCUCCCCUGGGUUCAGGGCUGGAAAAUUCAUUCCCUGUUUAUGCAAACCCCCAGACUGGCAUGGCUUCUGCUAAUGACAAUCUGCCAUUGCCAGGGUUUGGUUUUCCUGAAUUGGGAAACUUGAAAACUGCCCAACCAAUUGAACCUCCUGGGUGGUUCUAUUGCUUACCGCGCCACCGGCAGGCUGCCUUUGCUCUGCCUGAUUGCGUUGCCAAAGAAAAGUUCUCUACAUUUCCUUAUGGAUGUUUUGGUCAGGCAGCAGCCUCUCCCGGUGCAGAUCCAGCUUCUGUUCAGAAGCAAUUCCACCAGCAGGCAGCCUUUGAUCCAUUGGAUUGCAUUGCCAAAGAAAAGUUUUCUGCAUUUCCUGAUGGAUUUUUUGGCCAGGCGGUAGCCACCCCCACUGCAGAACCAGGUUCUGUUCAGAAGCAAUUCCUUGUUUUCGAUCACUCAGGGAAUCAAACAAGCUUCUUCAUUAGCUCUGUGAUUGCUCCUACCAUUCCAUUCCAACACCGGAGUAAGAUUCCCCGCCAGUUUGAUGCCAAAGGAAUAUAUGAAGAACUGUCGGCAGCUAAUAGGGAUCCAAUCUAUCAAUCUGGGUAUGUUGUUUCAGAUGGAUUGGAUGAGAAUCAGGAGAGUGAUGAUAGAAGUGAAAUGCAUGAAGACACAGAAGAACUCAAUGCUCUACUGUACUCUGACGAUGAAUAUGAAGAUACUGAUGGUGGUGAAGAAGAUGAUGAGGUAGCUAGCACCGGUCGUUCCCCUAGUGAAAUGACAGGCCACGAGAAGGAAGAAGAAGAAGUUGCUAGUUCAGGUGGCCCAACUAAGAAGAGGAAACUGCUUGAUGGAGAACAUGAAGCAACAUGUUCAGUCAUGGACACUGCAAGUUCAGCAAAGCCCAAAGGUUCGGCAUUGGAAUACGUGGACGAUGCAGAAUCAAGCUGUACUAAAGGAAGGACUCAUGGAAGAGAGAUGGGUGAAUCGCCAUUGGGCAAGAAGUGGUUGAGGAAGGAAAAGAUACGGGAAACUGUAAGCAUUCUGCAGAGCAUAAUUCCUGGUGUGAAGGGUAAGGAUGCAGCAUUGAUCCUUGAUGAAGCAAUCCAGUACUUGAGAUCUCUGAAGGUUAAAGCCAAAGCUCUUGGGACCUCUACUACUACUCUCAAUUAGAGAGAGGUGUUACCUGUACUAGUAGACUAGUAGUUAGUAGUGGUUGUGUUUUAUGAUUUUAGGUGCAGUAUUAGUAUAUUAGUACCAAUUGGUGGAUUUGCUCUUCAGGAUAACUGAUUACAAAAAAGUCCCAAAUCCAAAGCCCAGAGAGAAGAGAAGGAAGUGAGUGAGAGGAACUGAGAAAGCUUUAAGGAAUUGAGAAAGCUUUAACCUGAGUCAUCUACUCUUCUUGACUUUGAAAUGAUUAUAAUUGAGGGAAUCACUAGUUUCUGCAAUUGGGGCCUGCUUUCUUCCCGUGGGCAUAGUGGAUGAUGCCCUAAUUAAGAGUUUUGGUAAGAGGGGGGGGGUGUUCAUCACAAGCUCAUAUGAAUGAUGAUUCAGUGAGAAGGGAAAAUGGUGUUUUUGUCUGAUUGACCCAGAUGAUUAUUUGGAGUGAUUAUCCAGGGCUAUGAGAAAGCUACUCCUGGGGUGGGGGUGGGGGUGGGGGUGGGCGUGGUGCGUGGUUGGGGUGAACUGAUGUGAGGUACUGUGGAUAUGAUGAGCCGAUGAUCCUAUUGAAAAGGGGGGGGGGUGUUGGUGGGUCAUGGGAUGAGAAGCGUGCAUGCGCGUUCGGUGAAUUGGGUCCCAUUGUUCUAGGCCUCCUUUCACACCCUAAGCUUUUUGUUCUCUUUUGGAUCAUGGUUUACUGUUUGUGAGCUUUAAGUGGUUGAUAUGGUUUUUGUCUGAAAUUACGCUGCUGUGAAGUCAGAGAGAGCAUGAAAGAAGGAAGGAAAGGGCAUUUGGUGAUUAGUGGGGACAAACUUGAGAAGGGGUUGAGGAAGAGUCUCUCCAUCAUGUCUAUGUUGUGGGGCCUUGUUGGGGGGGCCAUUACCAACCAUUAUACUGAGUAUUUUUAUGUAUCUUUCCUUUUGUAUUCCAGUCUAGUGGGUUAUUAUGAUAAUGGUACACUCCUGGGUUUGUCACUGUGUUUUUAUGAUGAUGAGAAUGAUGAUGAUAGAUGAUCAUGUUUUCUUUCUUUUUGUUAAGGAAGUAGGAAUUUCUUUA